ACGUAAUUUGGACAAGUUGCAAAAGAAUCUAACUGCAGAUCGCAUGUGGUGCGAUGCAUUGGCUCAAAUGACCAAAGAGCUAGAAUCCCGAGACUUUCCCGGCGAGCUGGCCAAACAGCCCAUCAAGUAUUAUCAGAGCUAUACGCAGCGUUGGUUAAAGGUGUGGCCCACUCUGUUGGAUUGGAUGCUGUCGUUGGGCCAGAAGCAGCUACUGCGUCAGCAUAUUGCCAGUGAGCUUCAGCAGCAAAUGCGAUGCCAAGCUGCUGGAGAACACCACAGACACAUUAAAUCGCGCUUUAAUGCUUGAGUUGUCGAGCAACACCAAGCUGUGCGAUGAGCAGGGCGUGAUGAUGCUCACCGAACUGCAGGAGAUACAUGGGCAACUAUGAGCCACUGGGGCAGAUCUUUUUGACCACCAAAAAUACGCACUACAUGUCCUUGUUUCUGUUCCUCUUCAGCAUUGCGCACGUUGGUCGCUUGCAGCAUUCAAAGAACACGGGCAGUCUGCUGCCCAAAUCCUCCAAGGAUGCCAUCGAUUGUGUACCGCUUAUAAUGGGAUUGUUGACCAUACUCCAGCAGUUCCACAAGAAUGUCAAAAUGCUCUACAUCUCUUACAUGUGCCAGUAUGUAGUGACCGUGGCCGAGGCGCAGUUAACCGAUAAGGAAAUGCUGGGAUCGGAGGUGGUCACCAUGCUGCACUUUCUCCAGGCAUUUGUGCGUCUGGCGCAUUUGCCACUGAGUGUCCUGGAGCAGCGUAUUCCCAAUAUGAUACUAAGCGAGUUCGAUUAUCUCUCCACGCCUGUCAAGUGAAACUUGUAAAAAAAUAAAUAAAAUAAAUUGCUUUUUAAAUAGGAAAAUACAAAUUUGUAUUAUUUUAAGUUAAAUAAAUAAAUUGUUAUAAGCGAAGUAGAUUUCCGUCUUU